CCUUAAUGACGUCAGUCAUUUAAAUUGAAGUGAUUUCCCCGCUCUGAGAGAGACCAGAGAGACGUUUUUAAUGCGAAGUACACUAGCAGCGAUUGAAGGCGCUGUGUGUUAAGGCUGUUAACCUGGCAUGGAGGAGUUUGAUGACACCAUACGGUCGACGUUAGAAGCUGCCAGUGUUGAUGAGGAGGCUUUGAUUAGCCUUAGCCGGGAUGACCUGAAGGAUCUUUUUCCUGGCCCUGAAAAUUUUCUCAGGAGAAAGAAGCUUUGGGAUUUUGUCUGUUGAAAGUGUGAAAGUACUACUGACCAAGAUGCCAGCACUUGUAGUGGAAGUGAGAUUAUACCCUCACCUAGAGCCAUGCCACCAUGCCAGCCUCAAGCUUCCACUCCCAUAUCCCAAACUGCUGACAAAACAAUGAAAAUGCCAGACCCACCAGAGUACGUGGUGUACACAGAUACAGAGUUGGAAAUGGUGCGCAGUCAGUACUUCACAUUGCUCUGCAAUGGAAAGGCAGAAGACUGUAAGAUGUCUAAAGAGCUCUGUUGCAGACUCAUAAGGAACACAGUCACCAGCAUGGUUGCCAUCCUGCGUGCUAGUCUCAUGGGGAACCAAGUAAAAUACCCCUCCAAAGUCGAAAUGAGAGCAAUGGCACAGAAGAUUGUCGACUAUUACCCUAUGUUACGUGAUGGAGACAUAUUUAUGCCUUGACUGACUAUCUACACCAAAAUGUACAAGCAACUCCAAAAUAUGAGAUCUCCAAGGAAGAGGCAGGGUUCCAUACCACAACGAGGUAGGGCCAAGAAGACUCUGAUCAGCUUGGACAACACAGACGAGGGGUCAGAUGGUGACAUAAGUGGCGACACAAGCAGCUCAAGUGCAAAUACCAUUCUUCUUGAGAGCAAUGAUGACAUCAGCGAGGACAACUCCAGUGCAGCUGCAGGCUCCUUGCCCAGGACUGUGACAGCUCCACCAGCUGCACCUGCAGAAAAUGUUGUUGCAGGCCAGGAAAGUCGUAAGAUGCAGGCGAGGCACUACAAAACUUUGAGGAACAUGUACAAGAACCCCAAUGCAAAACCCAUCCAAAGAGAUGUUGCUCAACUUUUGGACCUUGAGUUCGAGGCCAGACGGGCUUUCGUUGUGGGAGAUGUUACAAAGGAAGAAGACCGACCCACAAAAGUCUUUGAGGCGUACCCAUGCUUUAAAGACUUUCGAAAUGCAAUGGAUGAGCUGCGUCGCAUCAUUGAUGGCACCAACUGCAAAUGCAUAGAGGAAAUGAAGGGAAGAUGGGCAGACUUUUGUGCUCAGGUGCAGUUCUAUGGUGUGUGGAAGAAAGCCCUGAAACCUCCUUUCCCCUUGGAUGUACGUGGAGUGGAUUUCACUAUCGCCCUCUUCAAUGCACUCCCAUCACUUUUCCCCUCACCAUCUCCACCACCAAAGUUUCUUGGAAAUGCCAGUGACGCCCUUCUUCAUAUCCUCAAGCCAGGUGAGGACCCUGUGCUAUACCUGGAAAAGCGGCGUCUGUCCUCACCGGUGCUGCUUUUCGAUGGGACAGUCUGCAUUGUCGCCGUGGGAAACAUGCCAGUGAGCACCCUCCCCCAGGAGAAUUUUUGGGAAGGAAUGUUGGUGUUAAUGGCAUACUACUACACUUUGCACUUGACAUACCCAAAAUGUGUUCCAACACUCCUGUCUGUCAUCCAAACAGAGGUAGUUGGUGAUGCCAUCCAUGAUCAGGAUGCCACGAGCACAUAUAAGAAAGCAAUAGCUGAAUGGAAAUCAUUCAUUGAAAAAUAGGUGAAUGCCAAGCAGCAUUAGUCUCAGGACAGUUGUGCUUGUUUUGGUUUGCAGCACCUUUCAGUAAUUUUGCUCCUGACUUGGCAAACUACUCUGCAUGUUUUGUCCAGUGUGUUAUGGUUAUUUGCAGAAAUACCUCACCAGGGGUCCCACACAUCCUUAAAACAUUCUGUUUGUAUUUUCUAGAGGUCUCAAAUUUUAUAUGGCACUUUAACUGAGUCAGGUUGACCAUUUUAUGAUUUGUAUUAUUUGUUUUCAGUGGAUCAUCUUGUUUUGGCAUUUACAGUGCAUAUGCAGGGCUUAAAGUUUUCCGGCGCCGCGCCGGAUUUCCGGCGCAUGGAAGUGUACCAUUUAAAAAAUUUCAUCCAUCUCCGUCCUGAAGGCUCCAAGCAUGUGCGUCAUUGUGCAUUCAGUUGCUCCGCUUUAAUCAAUCAAACUCCAAAUCCUACAUUAAAAAAUAUACACCUUCUGUCCAGGCAUGCGACUUUCUGAUAGAACUUUUACCCAAUUACAGUUUUUUAACUGCGAGUGCGCAUCGACUGCUGGGCCACGAUAUGCUGCCCCCUCUUGGUUCGGCAUCGUCAGUGCUGCUGAGCCACUGAUAAGAAAUAGCAGUAUCCCACAAACAAAAUCCAAAUUUGCAAGAUUUGUUGGUGGUUUUUGUAAUUAUGUUUAAAGGGAAUUACUGGAAACACAUUGAUAUAUAUUGCAUAUUAUUUUAUUUCUGCUUGGACUGUAUACCCAUUCCACGUGUCCCAGCCCUGUGGCUGCCUGGUCUCUCCAGAGCGCACGGAGCUCCAAUCUGUGAGUGGUGCGGUGAAGAAUCGAGCAGCUGAUCACUGGUCAAUAGCGUUGGAGCUUGUUUUUAGCCCAAAGAUGCAGAUACUAAAGUUUGCUCAGACUUUGUGUGACAGAGGAGAGAGGAUGUGUCUCUGCUGAUUAACAAAGAGAGCAGCCGCUGCCGCGAUCCCUGAGCCGCGGUGUGUUGACUCGCCCCGUUGGCCAAAGUGCGUCAGUGGCAAUGCGCGUGCACGCACCACAGUCCCCAUGGUUUCGCCACAAAAUAAAAACAAACGGGCUUAGGUAUUGAAUUAAAAAAGUAACAAAAACAGAAGUUGUUGAUUUUGUUAGAUUUCUUAAUCUUUAAACAUUUUCUAUGUUUUACAACGGCAAAAGGAAAAAAAGAAACAGCUGUUUUUAGUUUGCUGGAUUUUAUUUUGAAAGGAAAAAAAAUCAAAGAUCAAGCCAUACGGAUUUGUCCCAUUAUUCUACUCAGAACAUCUGUUUAGUUAAAUAUGCACAGACUGAAUGUAGCUUAGGUGAUAUUAACCUUUUUUAUUUGAGGACAUAUAGGAUGUUUGUAAUGAGUUAAAUAGCUCUCAGCAGAUUUUCUGACCUUAUGCAUCUAAAUGAUGUCUAGCCACAAACAAAAACUCUCCAAUCUUAAGCAAAUAUUGUUUGUAAGAACAGAACGAACGUAUGGGUUGUGUGAAAUGAAUAAUGGAUAGAUAGUUAAAUAAGAAUGUUCUUAGCCUGCUUUUCACCGUUUUUUCUUCCCAAAAUAUAGAUAAAAAAUAGAAACAUUUAAAUUGAAAGCCAGCUGAACAAAUUAUACAGUGAAUACAUUUUUUCCCCUUACCAAAAACAAACAAAAUGUGUGUCAGUUCAAAUUGAAAAUCAAAUGAUUUAAACUAAUCACAGAUUAUUGAGGUGUAUCAAAUGAGCAGUUACUAACAUGUGUAUGUGUGGUUGUGUGCUACAGAGGGCUUCUUAAUCAGAUCUUCUGACUCCAGAGGAAAAGGCCAGAGUAGAAGUUCUUCAGCAUGAGCAGUCCAUUGCUGCCAGGACCCAGAUAAACCAGAUCAGGAAGGCUCGAAUUUCUUUGCUAGUUACAGAGUUUGAGAGAGUCAGCAUCAUGAUCGACUUAUUCAGAGGUAUCUUAUAUUGUGAGGCAAUAACUAAAAUUGCAUUUAAGAGUUAAUACUAGUGCUUUUACCUGCUUAAAUACAAAGUUGGUAUAGCAAGUGACAUAUGACAGUUUAUUCUCUUGUAGUGUUCCAGAGAAUAUUAAACAAGUUAAUUCUGUUGUCUGUGUUUUGCAGUUUAUUUCAACAAACAACAUUUUGAACUUGUUAAAAAGAAAAUGUUCAGAAAAUCCACAAACAAAGCAAAAAAGAAAUUAAUUUUUCAAACGGUAUUCUCCAAGCACUUAAUAUUCUCUUGAGACUGACACUUGAGAUAAUGUAAGUAAAAAUUGUGCCUUAUGAAGGAAAGCAGCAUAGUUUUGUAGCAGUUUUGUUGUGGUUGGUGUUGUUUUGAGUUCUUGUUAAAUCUACUGAAGAGAACAAUUAUUCAAAGUUAUUAAUAAUACAUGUACUUGAUUUUCAUGAUUUUUUUUCCCCUUUACACUAAAAUAAAUCUUUGCAAUUAUAGUGAUGUGGUAUUGAAACAUCAACACAAAAAAAAUCAGACUUGGGGCACUUUCUAAAAUGCCUUAAGUUUUGGCUGAGUAAGGUUUUACAUUUGAGCAACAAUAAAAUAGUGGGAUCAUAAUGGGCAUUAUUUCCACCAGAUGACCUCAUAUUUGCUCUGAAUUAAUAGAAUCUCAAAUAUAUUGUGUUUUAGUGAGUUUUAAAACACAUUUAAAUACGUUUAUUGACACUAUAAAUUGGAUCUUAGACGUUCAGGCUCAGGAUUUUUUCUCACUUUAAGCCCUGCAUAUGUGAUUUCUGUGCCAAAUUAAUGUUGUCUUUGUUUGGGCUACUAAAAAGUCUUAAAAUGUUUUAAUUUUGAUUUUAAGAUUGUGGAAGAACCCUGACCCAGUGUUGAUGGUGUAGUUAUUACUCCUGAAAGUUAAAUAAAUGUUGAUGCUUA